AUGUAUUUUUUUAGCAACCUCUCCUUUACUGCCUCGGUACCAGAUCUACCUCUAUCCUUUUCCAUUGUCGGUCUUCCAGACCAUGGAGUUAUAGAAUGUAGCCCAGAGCAUGGUCAUUUUGCUGUAUGCAGCACAUUCACACAAGAUCAGGUGAACCGAGGACUGGUUAGGUUUCGCCACACUAGCAGUCAUCACCCAAAGCAAGAUAUGUUCAGUUUUCAGGUCGAGUCUGGUGACUAUGUAUCGAUGAUACACAAUUUUCGUCUAAUGUUUAUUCCAAUGAAUGUGAAGGUCUUCAAUCGUGAACCGUUUAUGCUCAACGGAACGGAAUCUGCCACCCUUAGCAGAGCUAACCUCUUCGCCUGGACUUUUCCAAAAAGCUACUCGCCGGAGAAAUUGGUCUACCAUAUUGAGGAACCUCCCAAAUAUGGUAUACUAUCGAGGAGAAUCAAUGGGAAAAGCAGGAGGAUUGGAGUUUCGUCGAAUUUUACGCAAUUGGAUAUCGACAAUCGACUCAUCUCUUUCAAGUUACAUUUCAUGCAAUAUUCUAUCAUCAACGACUUCUUUUUAUUUCGAGUUAUUACUCCUGCAGUUUCAUCCGAAUCACUUAGAUUUGAGAUCACCUCCGAUUCGCUAUCGCUAGCCACUCCGGACGAUUCUUUUUUCAUUUUCACGCUAGCUUUGGCACCGAUCCAAGGAGCUCUGAUGUUAAAAACGGAUAGUGGUAACAAGACACUCACGGUUGGCAUGAACUUCACCACUAAGGAUGUGGCCGAAGAGAGGUUUGCUAUGCAUCAUUUAUUGAUUUAUUGA